UGGACAUGAUUGUGGUAUUUUUGUCAUGAGGUUUAUGGAGUACAUUGCAUCCGGACAAUCUCCUCCCUCGACCUAUAUAGUCGACCAUAAUGAGAGAUUCCGAUUUGCAAUUGAUAUUGUCUUAUCGGAAUCCAAUGGCCUAUUUUGGGAUGUGAUGCAUGAUGCAACCGCUUAUUAUGGAGUUUGUUCAAGCAAAGGUGGUGAAUCAUCAACCUUAAAAGAAGGUAAGUGUCUUCCCCCAAGACGUGAUGCUUCGCCUCCAACGCUUUCAACAAAAAAGUCUAGACAGCAACACUGGUCGAAGCGCGGAAUGAGAAAAAAGAGGAAGUCAAUGAACUAAACUUGUAUUUACAUAUUUUGUCUUCAUACUACCAUGCCAUGUUUAGACCAAUUAGCUAUUACACUAUUAAUUUCUUUGUGACUAUACAAUAGUUGGG